AUGGAUGUAUCAAACUCUAUUAGAGUGCUCGGCGACGUCACAAACCACGGAAGUGUGUUUGGAAGAAAACGAACAGCACCGCCUCCAACAAUCGGCAGUAGCGAUGGGCUACGGCAUGGGCCACCAAGGCAUGGCCCUCAUAGGCAUAACGCCAGCAAUCAUAGCACCGGGAAGAAAUUCAAUCAUUCAAACGAUACCAUACGGACGUCCUGUAUCGCGGAAAAAGACAUCUUCUGUACGGAAUAUGUUUCAAAGUUGGAAGGAUUCCAAGGUGUUCUAAAGUCCAGAUUUUCAGACUUCCACGUUAACGAAAUUAGCGCUGAUGGCGAAGAAGCGAUUCUAACGGAUGUUUCCGUAGUACCAACGUUAGAAUUGGAGGCUGAAAAUGUGCCUAAAGAUCAGAAAAAGGAAUUAGAGCGCUUAAUCGAAGUCGAGAAUUUGGAUCGAAUUCAGGAAAUAGUCGAUGGAGUCGGAGAGCCAUCUGUGAAAAUAGAUGCUACUAACUUGUCGAAAGAGGAUCGGACUGCAAUACAUAAUUGCAUAAAGGACGUUUUCGGUGCUGCCGUUGUGGGGUCGACCGUAACCGAAGGAGAUCGCAAGUUGAUUCAGGUCACAAAGUAUAACAAAUUGCAGAAAAAAGAUCGACGAGAAAAGUGGAAAUGGCCCCAUGAGUAUACAUACUUCCUGCUUUACAAAGAAAAUAUUGACACGAUUCAGGCGACGCUGCUGCUCAGCCAAAGCUUAUGCUGUCCCCCUUCCGUGUUGACUUACGCUGGGACGAAGGACCGACGGGCUAAAACUACACAGUGGAUGUGCAUUAAGACGCGAGAGCCGGCCAGGAUUAUUCAAGCUGCACGAAGUACUGGGUGCGUUACCGUUGGUAACUUUUCGUUUAAACCAAACGUUCUGAAACUAGGACAACUGCAGGGUAAUCGGUUCCGCGUUGCACUCCGUCAAGUGACUGCCAGCGAUGAAACCAUCAACGAUUGUAUGGAAGAGUUCCGCAAAAAGGGAUUUAUCAAUUACUAUGGCCUGCAACGGUUCGGGAACUGUGCUUCAGUGCCCACGUACAAGAUCGGUAUCGAGCUGCUCAAGGGUAACUGGAAGGAAGCGUGCGAUUUGAUAUUGCAGCCGCGUGAAGAUGACCAUCCAUACAUGGUGCAAAUGCGAUCGAUUUGGGCAGAGACUCACAAUGCUUCGGAAGCAUUAAAAAAGUUGUCCCCAGCGAAUAAAUCGGUCGAAGCGUUACUGUUACGCCGGUUGGCAAAUUAUGGCGCAAAGGAUUACAUGGGGGCCAUUGGGUAUUUGCCGCGAAACGUACGAUUAUUGUACUUGCACGCAUAUCAAAGUUUGAUUUGGAACCGUGUUGCUUCGGAACGCAUUCGAAAGUUUGGUUUUCAACCGGUAGAAGGUGAUUUGGUUUAUGUGGACAAUCACGAUAAAGCAACCAUUGCACAGGCGGAAGCAAUGAGCGGUGACGAAGAAGGCGAUUUAAAUGCAAUUGAUGCACUUCAAGCAGAACAAAACGAGUCUAAAGAAGAGGAUGGUGAGAGUGGAAGAACAGAGAAAUCCUACUUCAAGAAUCUUGUACGACCCCUCACCGCAGACGAUAUCGCAUCGGAACGAUACACUAUGUUCGAUGUAGUAUUGCCUCUUCCCGGGCAUGAUAUAACGUACCCGAGCAAUGAAUGUGCCCGUUGGUACGAGGAGUCAAUGGCCGAAGAUGCGUUAUCGUCGGAAAAAUUGCAGUUAAAAUCGAAAAGUCUUUCACUUGCCGGUGCUUAUCGGAAACUGUUUGUCCUGCCUGAACGUUUGGAGUGGAAAAUUGUACACUAUGUAAACGCCACGGACACUCUUAUUCUUUCUGAUUUGGAUAAAUUUAAUAAACUUCCAGAACCACCGUUUGUUGAGUGGGCAGCGAACGAGUCGGCUCAGAAAGCGGUUCUAUUGGACUUCCGACUACCUACUUCCACAUACGCUACGAUGGCUUUACGAGAGAUCUUGAAAACCGACACCUCGUCGAGUAAUCAACGAACAUUGGAAAAAUUAGGCCAAGCAGCCGCUAAGGCAGAAGAGCUGGAUAAGGAAAAAGAAUCUUCUCCACCAGUACCGAAUGCAGACGACGAACCGCAAUGCAAAAUAGCGAAACAAGACGGGGGUGAAUAG